ACUCCCGCCCACACCGCCGCGCCCCCAGCGCCUGCCCGCGCCAGCCAGGUGCGCCCUCGCCUCAGCCCGCGUCGGCAAGGCGCACUCCCGCCCCUGCCCGCUCCGGCCAGGUGCGCCCUCGCCUCAGCCCGCGCCGGCAAGGCGCACCCCCGCCUCAGCCCGCGCAUGGCAGAAAUGUAUUUCUGACUCCUUUCAGUUUACUUCCCUGACCACCUUGCUUCUACCGAAGAGUUUCCACGUCACUGCAAAAUCACUUGUCCCUCAAACCCUCCUAUCAGAACCACGAUUCGAUGCAUCGCCUUGCCCGCCCAGUCUACACCCUGCUCAACUCCUCCAUGAGGAGUGGUCCCUGCGGGCUCGCCACGGACGCACAAGGGCUGUUCAACGGAAUGCCUCCACCGAAACUGCCAAGCCACGCGCUGUUUGGCCAUGCCUGCCAGGUGCUCGGCCGAACACACGUUUCACAGUUUUGUACCGUGGCUCGGCAGUCCACGGAUGAGCGCGCUAGUGCAGAGCCACUGCGAUUCACAGUCACACCGGGUGACGCCUUUGGGGAUGGCCCGCCUGUGGGCAUGUCAGAGGCUGCUAAGAUGGUGUGUCGUAUUGUAUCCACGCAGCCAGAACCAAAGAUCGCGUCGACACUUGAUGCGCUUGGGGUGGCCGUGUCCCCAGAGCUGGUAGCUGAAGUGCUCAAGAACUUGAGCAAUGCUGGGAUGUUAGCACUUGCCUUCUUCCGCUGGGCAGAGAGGCAGGAGGGCUUCAGUUACACGGCUGAGGGCUUCCACAACCUGAUUGAGGCGCUGGGAAAGAUCAAGCAGUUCAGGCUGGUGUGGAGCUUGGUGGAGACCAUGCGGUGCCGGGGCUUGCUAUCUAAGGACACAUUCAAGCUCAUAGUCCGAAGGUACGCUCGGGCUAGAAAGGUCAAAGAGGCUGUUGAGACAUUCGAGAAGAUGAGCAUUUUUGGGCUUAAAACUGAGUUAUCAGAUUACAACUGGCUGAUUGACACGCUAAGCAAAUCCAAACAAGUGAAGAAGGCGCAAGCCAUCUAUAAGGAGAUGAAGAGGAAGGGUAAGUUUGUACCUGAUUUGAAAACCUACACUGUCCUCAUGGAAGGUUGGGGCCAUGAGAAAGAUCUGUUGAUGGUGAAAACAAUGUACCAAGAAAUGAUUGAUGCUGGCAUCAGGCCUGAUGUUGUUGCCUACGGGAUGCUGAUUAGCGCCUUCUGCAAGUCUGGCAAAUGUGAUGAGGCCAUCAAGGUGUUCUACGAGAUGGAAGCAAGUGGUUGCAUGCCAAGUCCUCAUGUCUACUGCAUGCUUAUCAAUGGCCUUGGCUCGGAGGAGAGGCUUGAUGAAGCUUUGAAGUACUUUGAGCAUUACAAGAAAAGUGGGUUCCCCAUGGAGGUGCCUACUUGCAAUGCGGUAGUUGGAGCUUACUGCAGAGCCUCGAAGUUUCAGCAUGCUUUCAAGAUGGUUGAUGAGAUGAGGAAGUGUAAAGUUGGCCCAAAUUCCCGUACUUAUGAUGUGAUUCUUCAUUAUCUGAUAAAAUCACAGAAAUUUGAGGAGGCUUAUAAUAUAUUCCAGAGGAUGGGAAUCGACGGCUGUGAGCCUCAGCUCAAUACAUAUACAAUGAUGGUUGGCAUGUUCUGUAGUAACGGACGAGUUGAUAUGGCAUUAAAGGUGUGGAAGCAAAUGGGGGAGAAAGGUGUCCUCCCAUGUAUGCAUAUGUUUUCGGCAUUGAUCAAUGGGUUAUGCUUCGAGAACCGGCUCGAAGAGGCUUGUGUAUAUUUUCAGGAGAUGCUGGACAAAGGAAUUAGGCCACCUGGUCAGCUUUUCAGUAAUUUGAAGGAAGCUCUUGUUCAAGGUGGGAGAAUAAGUUUGGCACAAGAGGUGGCUUUGAAGUUGGACGCGAUAAGGAAAACACCUUUUCGUGGUUAAAGAAGUUUUGUUCAUAAAAACAAUGUAGCACCUGGAGCAUUACAGUCACAAUGUUUGGGCAUACCAGUAGCUCCAGCAAUGGGAGAAAGCAAUGUGUAUAUCAGAUCACAAAAACAAACAUUGGAUAUCGGCUGAAGUCUUUGCAUGACAACGUGAUGUACUCAUGUAGCUCCUGCUACUUCUAUUUACUCAUGAGAAAAUGUAUGGUGCAAUCAAAAUAAUAAAAGCAAACCAAACUAAAUGUUCCUCUUGGCAGAAGAACAAGCCUUCGGUCAUUGCUGUUUCUGGAACAGAUCAUUUCUUGCAGUUUACCCCUAAUUCUCCAUUCACUGUCAUUUCAUACUGCAGCUUACAUUGCCCAAA